UGCGACUAGUCGAUUGGUGUCUGCUGAAGUGUUCAACAAAAAUGGGUGGAUGCUAGCGAAUUUGUUUAGUCUGUGGGAAAUCUUCUCCUUACCCGAUUGUUUGCCAUUUCUUCCACAAUUUAACUCGUUUUCUUCGAUUGAAAAUUUUCCCUCUGAUAUGGAAGAAUGGUUACCAGAGACCCGCUAGUGGUAUUUGCUCUCCUGGUCCUUUGGAAAGGCUACUGUUUAGGUGAAAGCCUUUUCAUUCAAGAGGAAGCCGUAGAUUAUGGGGAAAAUAUUACCCUUCCUUGCUUUUUUGCUACCGAUGGAAGUAGUGGAGAUGGGAAAGGAACUCAUGAUGAUGAUGAUGUAUGGUCAAGCCAUGAAGGAGCUGUGUGGGUGAGAGAAGGACGUGAAGAUGAGCAGGUUUCUCGUAUGUCUGUUCAUCAGGAUGGAAGUCUUUCCCUCACUAAUGUGGACCGUGAUGAUUCUGGGGUCUAUCGUUGUGAGAUAAAAGAUGAAAUUCGCAUACGAAUCAAGCUUGAAGUUAGGGUUCCUCCACCAGCUUUGUCCAACGUAACCAUUGUUCCUUCUACUGUUCUGGCUCUUCUUUUAUGGGAAGUUACGGAUACUGGAGGUUAUCCAAUUUCACAUUUUUCUGCUCGAUAUCGUCUCAAAGAACCUACUUUGUUGUCUGAUCAUCAAAGUGAAGAGAAAUCUUUGCUUGACUAUACAUGGCAUUGGGUUGUGCCUGAACAAAUAAAGCCCUCUGUGCGGGAGAUUGAUGUUUACCAAUUACGCCCUAACUCAUCAUACUUAUUUGAGAUUUGGGCAUCAAAUCACCUAGGAGCUGGAGAAAUUACUCAGCUUGAAACACAUACCCAAAAUAAUGAAGCUGAGAUUGAACUUGCAAGGCACUUGUUGGAAGGAGCGGAGACAUUUGACACUCGUGUCUGGGUGGCAGCUGUGGCUGUAGUGAUGGGGACACUUGUAAUGCUAGCUUUGGGCACUUGUUAUCUCCUUUACAAGGAGUGCCACAUUCCUAACAUUAACUUAGAUGAACAUGAAAUUAUGGAGCUGGUUCCAAAUAUAAUUCUAAACCCUGGAUUUGAUGAUGAUGGAGUUGUUGAAGGUCACUAUGAAAGGGAUGAAAAUUGUAAUAAUAGGAGAGCUAUGCACAUCAACAACAUCUCAACAGCCCAACCGUACCGCAUUUGAUUGGAGGAUGGCCCAGAGAUGGAGGCAUACUUCUGAUAAAGCACAUAACUGGAAAGUAGAGCUGCCUCAGUGCUUUUGGCACAUGCAUGCAUAAUAAACACCAUCACCUUAGCUGUGAGCACCAUUGCACAUCAGGUGUCCUAGAAUACCUCAGCACCCCAGCUGCCAGACUAACACAGAAUCACAAGUGGGACCUAGUAUUAUCUGCUGUUACUUUAGAUGUGAUCAGAGGUAUAUGGAAUUCAGUGGAGUGAAAUAUGUCUUAUGCAUUCAAUUAAAGGAGCUUUCUUAUACCGGUAAUUAUGUAUGUGCAGUCAAUGCUGAAAGUAAGAAACUGCUCUUUUUUUUUUCUUCUCAGUACUUAUUGGUCAUAAAUAAUAAUAGUGAACAAUAUCAGAUGUUAAUGUUUUUAAAACAUCACAUUUCUUUUCAAUUUUACUAAUAUUCCACAACAUUCACAGUAAUUUUUAUGAUUUUUCCCUUAUUGAGCAGAGGCUUUCAGCAUUGUAAAUAUCACAUCCUCCUAUUGUAUGCUUUCGCCUGUGGGCGUCGUCAUAAUCAAAUCUUAACCCUCAAAAGACUUGCCUACAAGUAUUAAGUAACUGAAAACAUUUAGGUGAUUUGUCAUCAAAAAUAAAUAAAAUCCAGUUACAAUC